AUGGCGAUUCCUGCUUUUCAAGGAAGGUCGGAUCCCGAGGUCUAUCUUGAAUGGGAGAAGAAGGUUGAAUUAGUAUUCGAGUGCCAUAACUACUCGGAGAGAAAGAAGGUCAAAUUGGCUGCUAUAGAAUUUUCUGACUAUGCCAUAAUAUGGUGGGAUCAACUCACUUUGAGUCGAAGACGCAAUGGUGAACGUCCCGUGUCUACAUUGGCGGAAAUGAAGGCAAUAAUGAGAAAGCGAUUCAUAUCGACUUACUACCACCGGGAGUUGUAUCAAAAACUCCAAAGUCUAACGCAAGGCCAACGAAGUGUGGAAGACUACUACAAGGAAAUAGAAGUGGCCAUGAUCCGCGCCGAUGUGGAGGAAGAUCGAGAAGCCACCAUGGCUCGAUUUCUCGCCGGCCUUAACCAUGAAAUCGCAAAUAUUGUGGAAUUGCACCACUAUGUUGAGGUCAUUGAUAUGGUCCAUAUGGCCAUAAAGGUUGAAAAACAACUAAAGAGAAAAGGUACGUCUCGAAUUUUCCCUAACACUUCUUCAACGUCUAGGUGGGGGCAAGGGACCAAUAAACGAGACAUACCGAACCGAAGCAAAGAAGUGAGUAGUGCAGCUAAAUUCAAUAAACCGAAUGUUGAAACUAACAAGGGGAAGAUGGAAGCCCAACCAAGUCGACCUCGAGACAUAAAAUGCUUCAAGUGCCUUGGAAGGGGCCACAUCGCGAGCCAAUAUCCUAAUCGGAAUGCGAUGUUUGUUCGUGACAAUGGAGAGAUUGAAUCUGAAAGUGAACAAGAGAAGGAGGCCAUUGAACAAACCGAAGAUGAGGAAGAAGUGGAACAAGCCGAAAAUGGAGAAAUAUUGGUGGUGAAAAGGAGCCUUACUUUGCAAGGUGCCGAAAAUGAUCAACAACGCGAAAAUAUCUUCCAUACGCGAUGUCAAGUGCAAGGUAAGAUUUGUUGUGUUAUAAUUGAUGGGGGAAGCUGUACGAACGUGGCUAGUUUGAUGAUGGUAGAGAAACUCGGAUUGGCCACCACCAAACAUCCCCAUCCGUAUAAACUCCAAUGGCUUAACGAUGGUGGAGAAUUGAAGGUAACAAAGCAAGUGCUUAACUCGUUUACAAUUGGAAAAUAUCAAGAUGAAGUGAUGUGUGACGUUGUACCAAUGCAUGCGGAGCAUCUUCUUUUGGGGCGGCCUUGGCAAUUCGACAAACGAGCAAUUCAUGACGGAUACACAAACAGAUUUACCUUCAAACAUUUGGGACGAAUGGUGACGUUAGCUCCGCUAACACCCAAACAAGUGUAUGAAGAUCAACUUAAAAUGAGGAGUUCUAUUGAAAAAUCAAAAGAGAAUGAGUGA